AUGACAGAAAGACCUGUCCACAAGCGCUCCAAGAGCGCCAGAGUCCUCAACCUUCUCCGCAACGACAAUCCUCCUCGAGAAAACGGCUCAGAUCCAGAGUCGCCGGUAACGACGACCACCUCCAUCACUGGCCCUUUCUCCUCGACGGCUCCCUUGACUCCGGGUGACGGUCCGCGGCUGAGUCCACUGUCUCCGACUACCACGAGAAACUCUCAGCUAGCCAUGGACUCGAGCGAGUACUCUAGGGAAUCAGAUUCGUCCCACCACAUGCACCACGUCCCAUCUGGCGUCUCUUCUAGCCAGAACACCUCGAUUGAGGACUCUGUUCGCACCUUUCGAGUCUUUGAAGUUCUCCGCGGCAAGGACGCUGCCGCAAUCUCCAAAGCCAUCAGCGAAUCUAUACCCUCCUCUUCCAAUCCGCAGCCCAUUCCCGGCACUACAAUACUCCACCUAGCCAUCCAGUGCGCAGAACCUCAGGUGGUAGAACAGGUUUUGAGGGAAGGAAAAGGUCUUGAUGUCAAUGCGCAGGAUAAAGAGGGAAAUACAGCUUUACAUCUAGCGGCACAGCUUGGUCGCGCCCCUAUUGUCCGAGACCUGCUCGAAGUAUCCAAUAUAAACGAUGCCCUUCCAAAUCGGCAAGGAAAACUCCCCAUUGACCUCGCUCGAACCCCAGACAUCUUUCAACAGCUCCAAUUAGCGCGUUCUAUCUUCCUGGAUGACAAGAUCAAGGAGAUACAUGCUGCGUUGCUCCAAAAUGACUACAAGAAGUUCGAGGCCAUCCUAACAGAGCCUCGAGUCGAGGGGACACUCGACGUCAAUGCGUUGGAGUUACCAACUGAGCCUAUAACAGUUCAGACCGGCGGGACGCUCCUGCAUGAAGCUGCACGCAAAAAAGACAUCCAGUUGGCGCAGAUCUUAUUGUUGCACGGAGCAGACCCAUUCCGCAGAGACCGGAAAGGGAGGCUCCCACAGCAUGUAACCCAAGACGACCGGACCAAAGCCAUCUUGAAGAAGUCCCCCGCAGCCGCCGCUGCUCAGCGAGGAAUACAGGAGAAAGCAAUUCUUGGGAACAACCCAUCGCAGGCGAGGGCUGGAGCUGGCCUCAGUGAUGCAAGCAAAGACGCUCGAGAAAUGAAGGGUUAUCUCAAGAAGUGGACAAAUUACACGAGUGGAUAUAAACUACGAUGGUUUGUUCUUGAAGAAGGAGUUCUCAGCUAUUACAAGCAUCAAGAUGACGCUGGGUCGGCCUGUCGAGGAGCCAUCAACAUGCGCAUCGCCAAAUUGCACAUGGACCCACAGGACAAGACGAGGUUCGAGAUCCAUGGCAAGUCCUCGGUCAAGUACCAUUUGAAGGCCAACCAUGUCGUAGAGGCCAAAAGAUGGUUCUGGGCGCUCAACAAUGCCAUUCAGUACACAAAGGAUGAAGCAAAAGAAGAAGAGAAAAGGCGUACUCUUGACACAGAAAGCCUUCGACAUGCCCGUACCGAUACAUCCGACACUCUGAGCGCGACGGCCAGCCGAUCGAAACAGCCAACCCAGUCGCUGGGGGUGGCAGGAAGCUCAUCCAAGGUAAGUUUCCGUUCUGAUGUGGAAGGUGGAUCAGCAUACGAUUCGUACGACGCGAGUCUUCAAGGCGAAGACCUUCAGAAAGUGCCUACCAAUCCCGCGACCAAUAUCGACGCGGAAGAGGAUGUCGAUGGUGAUGACGCUAGCAGUCGUGAAGUACACCAGCCAGGAAGUAAAGAUGCAUUCAAUAUCACUGCACAGUCUGCCAAGCUGCAACUCGACCUUCUGGCGCGAGUUUCCGACGCGUUGAUUGCCCGGCAAACAUCGCGAGCUGAUACGACACUAUCCGAUCCAGAUGUCGCACAAGCGCUACUCACCUAUCAAACGGCCGUGAACAGCCUCAAUGGCCUGGUUGCAGACCUGUUGAAGAUUGCUCGAGACCGUGACGCUUAUUGGCAAUAUCGGCUUGAUCGAGACGCAGAUGCUCGGAGGAUGUGGGAAGAAAGCAUGGCCAAGAUCGCUUAUGAGCACGAAGAUCUCAAGAGGUCGAUCGCAGAGUCGGAAGACAAGCGCAAGCGCACGAAACGGGCUUUGAAGGAGGCUCUCGAAGGACAAUCGGUGCCCGCAAGUCGUCCGGGGUCAAUGUUCCAACAAGAGACGCUGGAACACAUCCAGUUCGCGGAAGCGGUAGAGAACCAACUGGACAUUCGAGCAGAAGCUCAAAUCUCAACGAGAGCGCGUCGGAAAUCUGUCACCAGAGAUGGUAACAGAAGAAAAUCCAUCAUCGCGCAACUCACCAAUCUUUCCGAUUCUGAAUCUGGAGAUGACGAAGAAUUCUUCGACGCAAUUGAUGAAGGCAAGGUCGAGGUGGUCGAACCGCUUCUUCUCAGUCCGCCGCCAGUGCAUGUCCCAUCAUCCUUGGAAAAAGAACAAGAGCCCUUCGCCGACGAAAGAGCCAGAAAGCAAAUGGAAAUUGAGCCAUCUUACGCAGGAUAUGAAGAUGGUGUCCGUGAACGAUUGAAACUGGAUGCCGAUAACCGUCCGAAGAUUUCGCUUUGGGGAAUUCUCAAGUCUAUGAUAGGCAAGGAUAUGACCAAGAUGACGCUGCCGGUGUCUUUCAACGAACCAACCUCCCUUCUACAGCGUGUUGCUGAAGAUAUGGAAUAUGCGGAUCUCCUCGACAUUGCAGCCGAUCGCCCGGACGCCACUGAGCGUCUUGUGUAUGUGGCCGCGUUUGCUGCCUCGGAAUACGCCAGCACAAUUGGGCGCGUCGCGAAGCCAUUUAACCCCUUGCUCGGUGAAACGUAUGAAUACGUCCGUCCCGACAAAGGAUAUCGAUUCUUCAUCGAACAAGUCAGCCAUCAUCCCCCAAUUGGCGCUGCGUAUGCCGAGUCUGCACGCUGGGACUACUGGGGCGAAUCAGCCGUGAAAUCAAAAUUCUACGGCAAGUCAUUCGACAUCAAUCCAUUGGGAACAUGGUUCCUGCGCCUUCGCCCUUCAAACGGGGAUCCGCCCGAGCUAUACACCUGGAAGAAGGUUACAAGUUCCGUCGUGGGCAUUAUUACUGGAAACCCUACAGUGGACAAUUAUGGCACCAUGGAGAUCAAGAAUUGGACAACGGGUGAAGUCUGCGUACUUGACUUCAAACAACGCGGAUGGAAGGCCAGUUCCGCAUAUCAAGUGUUUGGCAAAGUCAUGGACGUUGACGGUGUCACGAAAUGGAGUAUCGGUGGAAGGUGGAACGACAAGAUUUACGCUCGAGUCACAGAGGGAUUCGAGGACCAAGCAGUAGGGGAAGGUCGGUUACACUCCGGCAUGGGCAAAGGCACUCAAUCCGAUAGACAGCAGGCCUUCCUCGUUUGGGAAGCACAUCCACGUCCUCAGGGGAUUCCUUUCAACCUCACCCCCUUUGUCGUCACUUUGAAUGCCGUCAGCGACACCCUGCGUCCACACCUCCCGCCUACCGACACGCGCCUGCGUCCUGAUCAACGCGCCAUGGAGGACGGGGAGUAUGAUUUCGCGGCAACGGAGAAGAACCGUGUGGAGGAGAAACAGCGUGCAGCCCGUCGUCGGCGUGAGAAUUUGGGUGAAGAGUGGAAACCCAAAUGGUUUGAGAAGAAGGUCGACCCCAUUACCGGGGAAACCUAUUGGGAGCAUAACGGACUGUACUGGAGGAAGAGGGCGGAGAAGGACUGGACAGUUUGUGACGAUAUCUUUUAG